AUGGCGAAAGGGUAUAUCCUUAUUCUUCUGGCUGGCCUUGAUUUCCUGCACUCUGAAUGCAAGAUUGUGCAUACUGACUUAAAACUCGAUAAGGUCCUCAUAACUCCCGAAAACAAAACCAUCCUUUCCAAAUUCGUCAGAGAGCAGGCCACUCAGUCUAUGCAAUACAAACCCGAUCUAAUCACAGGACGCGUCGUCUAUCGCUGCCACAACAACUUCGGACCUCUUGAUCCGAGUGGACUGGGUAAUAUGUAUCCCCAAAUCACCGAUCUUGGCGCAGCUACUUCACUUGGCAACAGCGGUCACGAUGACUCUGUUGAACUUGGGACUCGUCCUAUACAACCUGAUUAUUAUCGUGCACCAGAAGUUGUGCUUGGUUGCGGGUGGAGUUUUACUGCUGAUAUAUGGAAUCUGGGGGUUAUGGCAUGGAAUAUGAUCGAAGGUACCGAAUUAUUCACUCAGGUGCAAGAUGCAGAAGGAAAUUAUGAUUCGAAAGCACAUCUCGCGGAAAUGAUAGCACUGCUUGGCCCACCGCCAAAGAAGUUGCUCGUAAUGUCGAGUUCUAUGUCACGCAUCGAGUGGUCUCCAGCCAUCACAGAUGAGAGGGGCAAAAUCUUCAAGAACAAUAGGGAGUAUUUUGGAGGUCCAUUCUUUGAUGACGAAGGCAAGUUCCUCCACGACGACCUAAUACCGACUCGAACCCUCGAAGACACACUUCCAUCUUUAGAAAAGCAUGAAAAGGAAGCGUUCUUGUCGUUUAUCAGAAACAUGCUCACAUGA